AUGACUGAACAAAAACUCCCAAUCGACGAGGAAACAUUAGAUAGUAUACAGCCACACUUCGAUUCUCAAUUCACCACAAUUCGUCAAGAAACUCAACAAGAACUAUGUACCAUCGAAACUAAUGUCAAUGCAACCGUCGCUGGUAAGGAAACUAUAUGGACCGAAACAACAAACAAUAUCAAGAAUAUCAACAGCGAGCUAAUCGAAAUACGAAAGUUAGUUCUUACAAAUGGGGCUACUCAACCUACAUCCCCCAUUCUUCAGUUCUCAAAUGCAACACCCUUGCCCAACAAUGAUCACGACCCACAAGUGAACUUUAGCAGCAGUCCCUUAGAUGCGGAAAAUGCGAUGAUCCAAAGAUUGCUACCAACUACAAAUACAAUUGUACUGCCGCCAAUCUCUGCUAUUCCUAUUUCUCCCGAAAAACCAGUAGAUCGCCCACGACAAUUUUUAUUACGAGUAACAGAACACGCUCGACCCGUUAACAACUGGUCGACCGAUGUUUUGCUUCAAGGUAUCUCACAAUUUCUGAAAGGUUCUGCUUUGGAAUGGCAUUGUCAGCUUUACAUUACAAAUACGCUUCCUACUAAUUGGAAUCAAUUUGUAACUCGCUUUCUUGCUCAGUUUCAUUCACCUCUUCGGGCAGCGCAGCAGGAAUAUGAAUGGUCAGACUGUAAACAACAAGAAAACGAAACCAUUAAUGAAUUUAUUGUUCGCCUACCCUCCCUUUGUCUGGAACAAAAAUCGAACGAAAAAGAAACAGAUUUCAUCAAACACCUAUUUUUCAAAAUGUGGCCUGAUAUGUUAACUUUUAUGAAUGCCUCCCGUUCAGUCUCACUUGAUGAAGUAAUUAUUGAAGCCCAACACGUCGAAGAAAUCCUUUAUCUUAGAAGUAAAGAAGUACGUUUACGUAAUGCACCGCAAUCUAAGCCAACCUUCACUCGAGCCAAUACUACACCUCUCAUGUCCCUUUCUACGCCCACUCAUCAUUCACCAUGUAGCCCAUAUUCUGGGGCAGCCACUCAAGCUAACCCCGCCUGCUGGCGUUGUUAUGAGACUGACAAACAUCGUCCACCAGAAGUUUCCAGCUUUUCAGACUCGAUACUAUCUGCAGAUCAACAGCAACGUCUCUCUGAUCUUCUUCAAUUCUUUCCACAAGUUUUCAUCAAUACCCCAGGACGAACUAACAAACUUCAACACCACAUAGAUAUACAACCGGAGGCCGAACCCCGUAACUCAGCUCCUUAUCGAUACGCUCCCGCUCGUCGACAAAUAAUGGAAGAAAAAAUCGACGAAAUGCUCAAGGACGGAAUUAUUGUCACCUCUAGCAGCCCGUGGGCAUCCCCGGUGGUACUCUCACCAAAAAAAGAUGGAUCCAUGCGUUUCUGUAUUGAUUAUCGUAAACUAAACGAAAUCACUAUCAGGGACGCCUACCCCAUCCCACGCAUUGACGAUACACUAGAGAGUAGUGUCACAUAUCCAAGAUUUUGGAGAUGCGGUCAUUCACUACUGGAGAUGUAA